AUGGUUCUAAUUGGCGUGCUGCUUCUUACUAGCCUUUGUGCACAUAUCACGGUUCACGGUGUGAACGGCAAUCCAUUGUCGGCCUUUGUGACCGUUGUGAAUUCGGGCCCAACCCAUCCGAUGGAUAACCCAGACUGGGUGCCUCCUACGGGACCUACCAGAGAAAAGGAUCGUGAGUACUGGCAGGCAAGUGGGCAAGACCGACUACGUCGUCAACUGGAGCACGUCAAACAGAACCUUAACGUGGCCAAAAACGUAAUCAUCUUCCUGGGAGACGGUUUGUCAAUACCGACGCUCGCUGCCACUAGAAUGUACAUGGGAGGCGAGGAGCUGGAGCUUUCCUUUGAAUCUUUUCCCUACACUGGACUCGCGAAGACUUACUGCAUUAACUAUCAAGUAUCGGAUUCAUCCUGCACAGCUGCCGCCAUCCUGACGGGAGUGAAGAACAAUUAUGGCACCAUCGGGGUCAGUGGGCAUGUGCCGCUAAUGAACUGCCCGCUCAGCUUGCAGGAGCAGAACCGUUUGACAUCAAUACUGAAGUACGCCCAGGAGGAUGGUCGCUCGACGGGUAUCGUCACCAACACGCGAAUAACUCAUGCGACGCCGGCCGUUGCGUAUGCCGUCUCCGGGGCACGGUACUGGGAAGACGACACCGAAUUGCCGCCGGGCUGCGUCGACAUUGCCUCGCAGUUAAUUCAUGGCGAUAUUGGAACUAACCUUACCGUAGCGCUCGGUGGUGGAUCAAGACAUUUCUAUCCAACUGGAACGUUCGAUAGCAAUGGCGAAACGGGAAGACGCGCCGACGGUCGCAAUCUCGUGAAUGAGUGGAUCGAACUAACGGCAGCCCGUGACCUGAGAGCCCAGUUCGUUCAUGACCGGACCGGAUUACUCGCCGUACAACCCGAGCUGGUGGAUCGGUUGUUUGGUUUGUUCAGUGGAAAUCACAUGUCUUAUAGGAUGUUGGCAGAUCAGCUGCGUGAACCGUCCCUGGAGGAAAUGACAGUAAAAGCAUUGGAGGUUCUUCAACGCAACGACCGUGGAUUUCUGUUGCUGGUAGAAGGUGGACGCAUUGAUCACGCACAUCAUGAUAAUUUGGCUAAGCUGGCGUUAGAUGAGACAGUGGAACUACACCGGGCCGUAGAGCGUACAGUUCAGCAUCUGGGUGAAAACAUCCAGGAAACGUUACUGCUAGUGACGGCGGACCAUUCGCAUACGCUCACGAUCGGAGGAUAUCCGGUGAGAGGUAACGAUAUCCUGUCGACUGGAGAUUUUUCGCGCUUCGACCGGAUGCCGUUCUUCACACUGACCUACGCGAACGGACCUAGCUAUGCGGACCACUUCUAUGAAACCGGUGGCCGCAGGAAUCCCGACGACAUGCGGGACCGAUAUCACGAUCCGGACUUCACAUAUCCGGCUGCCGUACCCUACGAGGACGAGACGCACGGUGGGGAUGACGUAGCCGUGUUUGCCCAAGGGCCAUGGGCACAUAUUUUCAGCGGUCUCUACGAGCAGCACGUCAUCGGACACGGGCUCUUUUACGCCGCCUGUCUUGGACCGGAUACGUUCCAGCAAUCGGAUGCGUGUCGCGAGCGUUUACGGGGUGGAACAGCGGAACCUUUACGAGGUGUAAACCAUGUACUGGUGAUCUUAGUACUGUUCGCGUAUCUACGAACGCAUGCAUUAUACAUCAUGUAG